UCCGUGACGUCAAGGACAGCGCUUUGGCCGCUAUCGAGAAAGAUGGCGGCGGAGGAGGACAGGUUGAAGCGGCGGAAUCACAAAAACAGCAUCUUCAAAGAAGGUGGCCACAGGCUGGACUCCGACGCGUCCCCGAUGAGACGCGAGGAGGAGGACGACGACCUUCUGGACGAGGAGGAGGAGGAGGAGGCCGGCGGGCCCCGGCCGGUGCAGAUCGUGGUGGCGGACGAGAAGGAGCACUCGUUCUCGCUGCACGAGGCGGCGCUGGAGCGGCUGCUGCUGCAGGAGGAGGUGCAGGACCUCCACGUGGUCGUCGUCUCCGUGGCCGGAGCAUUCCGCAAGGGCAAGUCCUUCCUGCUGGACUUCAUGCUGCGCUUCAUGUACAAACAGUCGGACUCGUGGGUCGGCGGCGAGGAGGAGCCUCUGACCGGCUUCAGCUGGCGGGGCGGCUGCGAGCGCGAGACCACGGGCAUCCUGGCCUGGAGCGAGGUGUUCGUGGUGGAGAAACCAGACGGCUGCAAGGUCGCAGUUCUACUCAUCGACACGCAGGGGGCGUUCGACAGCCAGUCGACCAUCAAAGACUGCGCCACCCUGUUCGCCCUGAGCACCAUGACCAGCUCCGUGCAGGUGUACAACCUGUCCCAGAACGUCCAGGAGGACGACCUGCAGCACCUCCAGCUCUUCACGGAGUACGGGCGGCUGGCCAUGGAGGAAGUCUACGAGAAACCCUUCCAGAGUCUGAUGUUCCUGAUCAGAGACUGGAGCUACCCCUACGAGCACCCAUACGGCCUGGAAGGAGGCCUGAGCUUCCUGGAGAAGCGCCUGCAGGUGAAGCAGAACCAACACGAGGAGCUGCAGAACGUCCGGAAGCACAUCCACUCGUGCUUCUCCAACAUCGGCUGCUUCCUGCUGCCCCACCCCGGCCUCAAGGUGGCCACCAACCCGCACUUUGAUGGGCGGCUCCGAGAUAUCGACGAGGAGUUCACGAAGGAGCUGGUGAACCUCGUCCCUGCGCUGCUGUCUCCAGAGAACCUGGUGGAGAAGGAGGUCGGAGGAGUGAAGAUCACCUGCAGAGAGCUGGUGCACUACUUCAAGGCUUACAUGAAGAUCUACCAGGGGGAGGAGCUUCCUCACCCCAAGUCAAUGCUGCAGGCAACAGCUGAAGCCAAUAACCUUGCAGCUGUCGCCGGCGCCAAAAACUCGUACACCAGGAGCAUGGAGCAGGUCUGCGGUGGAGACAAACCCUACAAUUCCCCGGCGGAGCUGGAGCGCCGCCACGGCGAGCUGCGGCAGGCGGCGGUGCGGCAGUUCCGCUCCGUGAAGAAGAUGGGCGGCGAGGACUUCUGCCGGCGCUACCAGGAGCAGCUGGAGGCGGAGCUCGACGCGGCCUACGCCAACUACGGCAAGCACAACGCCGGCAAGAACAUCUUCUUCGCCGCGCGGACGCCCGCCACGCUGUUCGCCGUCAUGUUCGUCAUGUACGUGGCGUCCAUGGUCACGGGCUUCGUGGGCGUCGGCUCCGUGGCCGCGCUGUGUAACCUGGUGAUGGGCGUGGCGCUGACGGCGCUCUGCGUCUGGGCCUACGCCAAAUACUCGGGAGAGUUCCGCGAGGUCGGAGGAUUCAUCGACCGGGUGGCGGAAACCCUCUGGGAACAGAGGACUCCACGAAAGGUUUUCUCCAAACUCUUCGAAGUGGCUCUGAGUCGAGUUCCGUUGGGCAGCCUGAUCCCGGCGCCGCGACCCCGGCUCGCCUCCAACAACAACGUCAAGAAGAAAAUCUAGCAGCACGCCAUCUUGCCCCCCCCCUCCCCCUCCCUCCUCGCGCUCUGCUCGGUUUAAAAAAAACAACAACGACGUUUUGGUUUAAUUACUUCAUGACGGUGAGAGUCGUCUCUGUUCCCGGACCGUAGAUGAAGGUUCUUCACCGCGCUCGCUGGAGGUUUCAGGACCAAUCGGUGUGGUGUGUUUUAUUAUUUUGUCAGUGGGCGGGGUUACGGUUAUUUAUUGGUGGGAGGAGCCAUCGUUCAAUCACAGAGUGUCAUCCCAAGUGUGUGUGUGUGUGAGAGAGUGUGUGUGUGAGACAUAGACGAUUCCCAUUCAUGUGAAUGUAUGAAUGAAGAGCGUGACCACGGACCCCUCCUCGCGGUUGCCCCUCCUCCCUCCCGUCGUUUCUGUCGCUGGGCGGCGUCACGAGGAGGAGGAGGAGUCACGACCAAAGUUUACAGCUUUACUCGUAGGAGGCCGUCGGGCGAACUGACGCCGACGCAGCGAUUUUAGGACUUUUAAAAUAUUAAACGGUUCGGUUUCGAGGGGACAUUUUUUCCAGUUUCUUUUUUUUUCUCACUUACCCAGAAUGACAAACUGGUGGACGAUCGUCCGAGAGGUGAACAGUUCUGGUCCAGUGUCUCCAACAUAACAGUAGACCAAUCAGGUGGGAGGACGCCUUCGACUCUUUAAAGGGACCAAAGAAAUCGGUCGGGAAGUUAUUGAGCGAGAUGGAUGUUCUAAAGCUCUUCCCGGAGCUUUCGGACGUUCCCAGUGGGACACGGUGGAACGCUCACAGGGCUAACGUUAGCUUAGCAUCACUCCUUACUGUCGUUGGGUUUAAAUACGAACCGCGCAAGUACAAACAUGACAUGCGUGUCAUUUUGUGCUCCUUUAGAAUUUGCUCAAAUAUAACUUUAACUUUUUUUUUACUCCUACAUCUCAUAUAAACAUAUUAGCAGUUUUCUUUUUUUAAACAUUAGAAAACAAAACUGUGUUCUAAUGUUUCUAACGCCCGUGAGUUUGUCUGAUUCUGUGGGAAGUGAGCUGUAAGUUAAAAUAAGAUAACGUUCCCCCGAAACCAGCCGACCCGUGAAGUAGCUACAAGUCGACGUGAUUAUUUGAUUAAUCGUUAUUUUUGCCGUAAUCAAAAGUUUCAGUAUUAAAAAGCUGUUUUUCAUUUUAAUUUAAUUUUAAUUUCUAGUUUACCUCAAAGUUCCAUGUGACAGGGAAUCGAAGAGGAACUCUUCCUGAACGGUUUGUCUCUCCUCCGACUUUGUACUUAAUUUAUAUUGAUCUCUGAUCGCCCAAAAAACUGAAAGUAAAUAGAUGAACUCGAGUCUUCAAUGAUCUCUGGAUUCUGAUUUUCGGAGAUCAUGCUUGUAAACAUUUAACCUGGUAGUUGAUGAUGAUGAAGAUGAUCAGCGUUUCAGAGAGUAAAGCGUUUUAAAUGUGUUACAGUUUCAGCCGAGAGCUUUUUAUCUUUCUAGAUAUUUAAUUAUGUUAUUUAAAUUAAGUGUCAUUCCUCCGUCUUUGUUUUAUUUCUAUUUUUUUGGACCAACCUGAAGGACCGAACCACCUCAUCUUGUUUUUUUGUUUUUUAAAAGCACCAGAAGCCGUUUGGCAAAACACGAAAAAUAAUGUUUAAAAAUAAUAAUUUCAUCGCCCCACAUUUUGAAUAUAAACACUUUUUUAAAAGCCGAUAUCCGUAACGUGGACGAGUGAGAGGUUCAUUCCAAACUUUCUUAAUUUAAUCUCCAUUCCAUCCACUACAUCGCCACCGUGCUUUUUUGUUUUGUUUUUGUACAGUUCCGUUUUUUACAGCCUCAUCCACACAUAGGGCAUGUGUAUGAAAUAUAUACAUAUAUAAAUAUAAAUUUUCUAGACCUUUUUGUAGCUGGAAGAACAACGGUUUGGGUGGUAGACCAGAUCCAGCUCCCUGGAUGUGAAGGAAUGCUUUCGUGAUUUGUGGAUAUGUCUAAUAAAUUCCUUUUUUUAUAUAUAUAUUUGUAAAUUAAUCUUACAUGAGCACUGCGAUUCCACCCCCUGCUGGCAAAGAAUGUUUAUAAUCGGGAUUUCUUUUUCUUUUCUGUCUUCUCUUGCUUUUAAAAGUUAUUUUCGUUAAUUUAUUUUUCAAUACAAUAUUAAACCAAACUCCUACAACACA